AUGGAACAUAAAACCAAGAAUUAGGUUUUUUUGAUUCUUUAAAACAAAUUUUUAAAGAUUUUAACAAUAACGACGAAUGGAAAAUUAAAUAGGUUCUGGUGUUUACAAUAAUUUAGAUUUCAUCAAAUUGUUUUACAGACACUAUUAAAUUUUGUUAGAAAUCUUUAAUCUAAUUGUGGGUUUCUGAGAAAGAUUAGAGAGUAGGAACUUAUUAAAAAAUGA